CAGCAAUCUAUAAUCAAAGAUGGCGGGCGCCUCCGACCCACUGGAAGAUAUGCUCUUUUCUGAGGUGGAUGAAAAAGCUGUGAGCGAUUUAGUGGGUUCCUUGGAGUCACAACUUGUUGGUCAAAGCAAUCCCGAAGAUACUCUCUUGGAAAACAGAAGUGCUGGGUCUUCAGUUACUGCAAACCAACACUUAGGGAAAACGUUACCUGCCCAAGUGGGCACUACAUUAGAACAGCAACAACAAGGACAACAUAAAGCUGGUAUGCACCAGGAGACGAACUCUAAAGAAAUUAGCCCAGAGAAAACGCUUACACCUUCUUCUUUGAGUUCUAUUGCGUCUUUUGAGGAAGCUUCCACCACUUCAGGGACCGUGGCAAACGCUAACGCGAGCGGUUUGCAAUCACAUGGAACAUCAUCUAUCACAACACUGCCUGCUGCAUCUAGUGGUGUAGCAACUUCUCUUGUCAGCAGCAUCAGCACCACAACCAGCCGAGGUUCCGCUCUGGUUUCAGGUCAAACAUCAACCGACACUGUCGAUCAUCCAAGAAAACGCAUAACUGCGUCGUUAAGGAGUGCAUCCGCGGGAAUACAGAGUUUGAACGGUACCGGAGGAGUGGUAACGUCAAGGAAUAGCCCCCUUGCCGCGGGGACCGAGACGUUGAUUAAUACCGUUAGCACUGAGGCUAGCAGUGCUAGCGCAGCAAACUCGAGUCGGAUUGUUAACGUUACAUCUUUUGUAAAUACGGCCACUUUCACUUUAUCUAGCUCCAGCAUCUCCUCAACUCAAUCAGCGAUUCCCCUAGAUAGGGGGACCCCUACGAUUGCUUUGCAGAGACUACCAAGUCACAUUGUAGCAAGUAUCGCGCAGAAUGGAAAUGGAACUACGGUCUCGGCGUUGGUCAAACAAGGCGCGAUAGGACCUAUCACAUCAGCAGCAACUUCGGAAGUGAACCACAACACAGAUUGUUCCGACGCAAAGUCCGACGCUCCCGCGCAGUCCAAAAUAGUAAUGUCCACCCCGUCUAGUGCUGUCAAUUCCGUAAUAAACACUGUUUCCUCUCCUUCUGCUGUUGUAAGUCUUGCAACGACUUCUGCUACCAGUCCUGUCAUGGCAAAGCCGGCUGUUAAUGUUGUGGGACAAACUGCGUCUACAUCUGUUGGCAUGGUAAGGCCAGCUUCUCCUGCGGUGGCCACCGCAACACAGCCUCAGCUUCGACCGGGACUCCCUGUGGCUCAAAGGAUUGUAGCCCCCCAGUUGAUUGUUAGACCCCCCCAACAGCAACAGACGACUAUUCAACUGCCUCCUGGGUUUACCAUCCCACCGGGUAAGGUGUUAGGAGGAUGAAUUACUCGUCUCUUCAAAUCAGAGACAGACAGAGGAAAUCUGCUCAGAUCAAAACAAUGAAACUGGGCAGGUCUUUUGUAGAGCCCAGUGCUUUAUGUCAUCACUCAUCACAUACGUUUUGUACUUUAAGGUAAAACAUGACCUGAACAAGUGAUGUGGUCCUUUAUCUUUUCCUUUCCCCAAGAUUCUCAACGAUGCAGCAGUCUCUGAAUGUGCUUUGAUAAAAGUUGCAUUAAUUUGAUAAACACCUGUCAAUGACUCAUAUUACCCAUUAUCAACACAACUCAAAGAUCUCAACCAAGACUACAUAUGAGCAACAUUUGCUAAUCAGUAUGGUGACAAAGAUGCAUACCGUUAUAGAUAUAGGCUUAAUAUACAGUAUACUUCAAUGGCUUUAAACAUAUGACCGAACCCCAGAAUUACACAUUAAAGAUCGGAAUAGGAUUGCUAUGGACAGUACACAGUGGCAAGCAUCUUCCCAUUUCUAAGAAAGUUCCACAAAUCUGCUUGAAUGACUUUUCUCAUGUCACUCAUGCAACACACCAGGGACAAUCUCUACUGGUAUGUUAUUGAUAUCUAAGUUUUUUGCAAUGAGCUGCAUAUGACGUGAAAGAGUCACUCAAGGCCUUUAACAGAUUUCAACAAUAGCUUGGUUUCCAUCCAAUUGCUGACAUAUUUUCAUGCAACUAUAUGCACAUUUUCCCACCAGUGGUGUUUCCACCAAACGGAUUUGUUCUGGAUAAAAAGCAGUGCGUGAUGACGUGGUGCACAUAAAAGGUACUUUUCCCUUAAGUUUUCAUGUACCGAAUAAAAAUAUAAAGUUCAAUGUGUUUCCAUGCAGAUGUGCCCACUCUGGUUUUGGCACCUGCGCUCUAGCCAACAGCUCGCAUAUACAGUGCAGGGAUGGUGCUAGUGCGCACUGAGAUGGGUCAGCUGGUUAUGGUUCCUCAACAGGCCCUGGCUCAGGCCCAGGCACAGGCCCAGGCCCAGGCACAGAACAACAUUUCCCCCCGACCUGCCACCCCAACUGCAGGGGCUGCCUUCAGAGGAACAACCCCACAGUCUCCUGUGACCACGCAGACUAUCCGGCCAUGUCCUGCUCCUGUCCAGGCCAAGAUGGCACAGUCUUCUCCCACUCUUAGUCCUGUCCUCCAGACCUCCUCUUCCUCUGCGGCACCUUCCAAGGGCCCUGUGGCACCGGCCGUGGCAGUGACGGCUCCCCAGCAGGCCCCCUCGGUGAUGCUCCCCCAGGCCCAGGUCCAGGCUGGGGUCCAGCCCGCCUCUCAGCCAGCCCUGCCCCCGCAGACCAGCGUUCCUGCAGCCCCGGGAGCCUCUGUCGUCUCACAGGAGAUGCAAGAGAAUGUAAAGAAGUGUAAAAACUUUUUAGCUACCCUGAUUAAACUAGCUUCCCACAACUCUCCUUCACCUGAGACUUCAAAAAAUGUCAAGGCGCUGGUCCAGGAUCUACUGGAUGCAAAGAUAGAGCCUGAGGAGUUCACCAACAGACUGCAGUCAGAGCUCAAGUCAUCUCCACAGCCGUACCUGGUCCCCUUCCUCAAGAAAAGUCUCCCAGCCCUCCGGCUGUCUCUGCUCAACAGUCAGCAGUCCCUGACCCAGCCCCUGCAGCAGGCCAAAGCUACCCACACCACGGGCACCAGCCCUGCCAUCGUGUGCAGCCCAGCUGUCCGUGGCCGUCUCCCCAACAGCGCCAGCGCCAUGGGGGCCAGUGGCGGGGCCCAGGGACCCACAGCUGCCCUGGGUAUCAAGCGAGUGGGUACCGGUGUUGGCCAGGUCAGGAUGCCCAUGGUAAUCACGCCGUUAAGAACCCAAGGAACGGUCGGGAAGGCAGCCACCUUCCAAGCAGGCAAAAGUCCCGUGGGCUUCGCUGUUCAGGUCUCUGGAAAUCAGAAAAACAAGCUGAACGAUCCCGGAGGCGGUUCUUUCAGAGAUGACGAUGACAUCAACGACGUGGCGUCCAUGGCGGGGGUGAACCUGAAUGAGGAGAGCGCUCGUAUCUUGGCCACCAACUCAGAGCUGGUGGGAACACACAUCCGCUCCUGUAAAGACGAAGCUUUCCUCCACCUGGGCCUUUUACACAGACGCAUCCUGGAGACAGCCAAGAAGUUCGGAGUGUCUGAGGUUCCUAUGGAGGCUGUCACCUUCAUCUCCCACGCCACCCAGUCACGGCUCCGAACCGUUCUGGAGAAGGUCUCCUCCAUCGCACAGCACAGGAUGGACGGAUGUAAAGAUGAGGUGUGGUAUGAGCCGUCGGCCGACGUGCGCUCGCAGCUGAAGUUCUUUGAGCAGCUGGAGAGGAUCGAGAAGCAGAGGAAGGAUGAACAGGAGAGAGAGAUCCUGCUAAAAGCCGCCAAAAGUCGCUCCCGGCAAGAGGACCCAGAGCAGGCUCGGCUGAAACAGAAAGCUAAGGAGAUGCAGCAACAGGAGAUGGCACUUGUGAGGCAACGAGAUGCCAACUUGACCGCGCUAGCUGCAAUUGGACCUCGGAAGAAACGCAAGUUGGACUCGCCAAGCACCACGCCGUCGGGGACUGAGGUAACAGGCAGUUCAGUGGGGUCGCCGGGCGCUGCCUCCUCCCCCUCUACGUCGUCACAACGGCAACGACAGCGCAUCACCCGCGUCAACCUCAGGGACUUAAUUUUCCACAUGGAGCAGGAGAGGGAGACAGCCCGCUCACUCCUGCUUUACCGGGCACUGCUCAAGUAGCCCCAUUCCCAGCAUCCUCCCUGUAAUUAACAUCUCUCUCUACGCCUGCAAUGUGCCUUCGAUUGGGUCAAAUCUUUCAGCUCAGUGUUGUGAUGUUGAUAUUAACGUACCUUUUGAUAUUAAGACGAGAAAAAAAACUCACAAAAAUAUAUUGUAUGGAUGUAUGUGUCUCUGUUUUAGCUUCCUGAUAAAUAUAUGUAUUUUGAGUGUUGAAUUUAUGGCCAAGGUGAUGCAAUCUCCUUGAGUUUUGGUGGGACUGGGUUUUUAAGAAUGCGAUAUGUGUUUUUAUGUCUACGGACUUGAGCCAAUACUUUUUCCAUGUCAGUUGUAUAUUUGACAUGCCAGGAGGUAUACUGAAUGAAUCAUCUCAAAGUGAUGCUUAACUUCAUGUCAAUUUUCGCUAAAAUGAUCAUAUUCCAAACUUAAUACAGUCUACAAUAUUCUCUGGAACAUAAUUUGUUGAACAAAGUUCAAUAAAUGUAGGUACUCCAAAUUAAAAAUUCAUGGAGGGGUCCGUUUUGUUAAUGCCAGAACAUAUGACAGCAGCUUUUGGAACAUUUAUCUUCAGACGUUUAUAGACAUAGUUGACAAUAGAUUACAGCAAAACAUACAUCAAGCUCACUUAAAUGUAAAUAAUUGUUUGAAUAAUUUUGAACAGCGUGUAUUAUAUUUUUACCACAUGUAAUGUUUUAACAUUAACAAAAGAAAUCCAUAUGUCAAUAUUGAGAUAUUCUGUAAAAUCAUGUGCAUUGAAAUUGUAUUCUUCCAAGUUUUGUUUCGAUGCAAUGCAGACAGACAGCAUCUGAUCCAAUCCAACAGGUCAGUAAUCAAACCAUGUCAGAGCUACAGUACCACAGUGCUCCAACAAGGUGGAGCCCCACCUCGUUGAAAAAGGCAAACUAGUCUCUGUAAUCCAAUUUACAGAGAUACAUCGUUUUUCUGUCUUUGUAGAAUUCAGAUGUUCGCCCUUCGGUCUUAUUGCUUUUGGCCAUUUUCACAAUGCUUUAGGUUUUCUGAAGAACAUAUUCUCUGAUACCCUCAUCAAAUGCCCAGUCUGCUAUGGUCGUUCAACAAAUAGCUCCCAUCCAAGAGUUUCAUUUAAUGACAAUUAACAAUACAUAUCAGACCUGUGAAGAGCUGGACAGUUGUUAGAGUACAGUUGUCUUAUUUUUUCCUAAUAACAACAUUGCAAUGUGUUUUCUAGUUGUAUGUUUUUAUGUUGUCUCUAUGAGCGGUGUGAGACUAAUGCCUCGGUCAGUAGCUAGACAGUAGUAGACCCUAGACCUAAGGGUCAGUCUGCCAGGCAUCAGUGUUGUCACCUGUAUCUGACCAACUGGUUGUUUUCAUGGCCUUCAUGUUUCUGUUUAGUUUUAAAUACCCUCGCUUCUAUGCAGCUUCAGUCUUUUGUCACUUUGUAAUUUAUUUGUUGAAUGGGUAACAUUUAAAAAUAAUGUUUAUAAAAAUGUUUUCUAACAGCACUAUUACAUACUUUGGUUUAUAUUUCUGGUAAUAUGAGAGAGAAUAGGAAGUUGUGUUAGGUAUGUAUAGAAUUAAGUUUUCUGUCUCUUUUAAGCAUCAAACUGUUUUGUUCAUUGCUGUUGAAAGGGAAACUUUUUUUCUAACUAUUUAUAUAUUUUUUUUGAGUCAUUUUUUCAUUGGCAUUUAUGCUUGCCAUAUUUCAGGCAAUGCAAUUUUAUCUUGAAAGUACUUAGAGUUAAAAAAAUAUAUACAUUUAAAAGAAGCACAAAAAUACUUAAUUGUCUAGUGGUUAAUAUUUUAAUAAUUAUUUGUAUGGUUUUCUGAUAAAUCAGUACGCCGGAGGACAUUUCAACUACUUCAGCUUUUUAGCCAAAAUAUAAAGACAGUGGUAUUACUGAUGUAUACAAUUGGAAAAUUAAUGUUUUACGUAUGGAUAAUUUGUAAAUAUUGUUUACAAGAUCAUGUGUUUAUUAGAACGACGUUAUUUUUGUUAAACUCUGUACAUAUCCUGAAAAUGUCAUGUUUGUGUGGAAAUCUUACUUAUGUAUUUGUACCUAUUUUGUAAAG